UUCUAUUUCAUUUCCUCCAGAUACUUGGUUCUCCCUGCAAUGUCACUUGAUGGGAUCCUUCACCUUGACAUUCAGGAUUGUGCCUAUACUGGUGCUAUGUUCAACCAAUUUAUUGAUCUUUUACUCAACAACAUGAAUCCUUAUCCACAGAAGAACUCAGUCAUUGUCAUGGAUAAUGCU